ACAUGAUUGCGCGUGACGCUGUGUUGUAGUCAGUCAGCUGUUCACUCAGGACAGCGACUAGCAGGGUGAGUAAUAUAACAGAGCCUUUUCUCUGUCACAAAUGAUACACUCAAUACGAAAUUUAGAUUUUAAUAAGUGUUAUUUUAAGAUAGUUAAUGCGGUAUCAUGUUCAGCUGUUGCUGUUUCUGCACGGUGAUGAAAUGGAUCUGCAGCUAUGUUAGCACAGCUAGCUAGGGUUAGCAUCCUUGGCUUAUGCUGCUAGCUCUAGCUAACUUGGAUUGUGUCGCUGUAAAUGUAACAAUUUAAAGGUGGUAAAUUGAAGCACAUGCGUGGAUAAAUGGUACAAAAUGCAAUUUGAAUAUGCUGUGAAUUGCUCUGCCGUUUUCCCUGGUCGUAGAAAGAUCCGCUAUGAGAUGUCGUGACAUUGGGUUAAGCUAGGUAUGAAGGAGUUGGUGUUAGCAUCAGCUGGUGGGGUCUGUUUGUGAGCAUUUACCUUCAGUUUGGAAGAUUAUUUACAGCUCAUGGUUAAUUCUUUAUUUUGAUACUGUCAUAGUAAACUAUUCUGAAACAGCUGAACUUCCAAGGUUGUGAGUUGAAGACCUUCAUCUGUCAGAUUGUGGUACAGACCUGUAGUCGUCGUACUGAUGCUUACUUUCUUGUUUUUCUUCCAGGGGGUUGUUGAAUCAUAUCAGUGUAGUAACAAUAUUAGAUAUCUGUCAAAAUGGAUAUUCGCGGGGCUGUGGAUGCUGCAGUCCCCACCAACAUCAUCGCUGCAAAGGCAGCAGAGGUCCGGGCCAACCUGGUCAACUGGCAGUCCUAUCUGCAGUAAGUCACCUGUAAACACACUACACAGAGCAGAAAUAUACACCAAAUAUGCAUUUAUUAUCAUUUGGUAAACCUGUACAAACGUGUGACCAUGAAUUCUGCUUAUAGGAAGCUUCUCAGCUUUUGUUUACAUGUUUGCCACAAAUAAUUUUGCUUGUAUGAUAUUAUAAUGUUUGAAGUUGUUCAUGAUAUCAGUUCAACUUCCUAAACUUGUCUCAUACAAACUUUGUUCUUGUCUCUUGAAUCUGUCUGUCUGUCUUGGUGUUACAUUUGUGAUUUUGAAAGCUUUAGGCAGAUCUACAGUAGUUCCUGUGUUGUGAUUCACUGUCUGGAGUAAUACUUCCUCUUUGGCCUGAAUGAGGAAUCGCAAAAGAACUUCCAAAUAUCAAUUUUUUAAUCAUUAAAAUUUCCAUCACUAUUAUUUUAUUAUGAUUUUAUUAUCAUUAUUAAUAUCAUCUUUUAUGUUUAUAUUUACUAUCCUGUUUCUUGCUCUCUGCCCCCUUUUCUAUUACAUUUCUUCUUCUUACCUAUUUUAUGUUUUUAUUUUGGUCCUCAUGGUCUCAUUUUAUGAUGUAGGGUGCUUUUAUUGUCUGGGUUUCUUAUGAAAAAUGAAAUUGGUCUUCAAUUCAGAGGCCUUGUUUUUCACUGAGCUUUUGUUUUUAUUUGUUUUUCUAUUCAUGUGCUGAUGUUCUCACUGUGCUUUGCAACUGUUUGUCAAAGCACUUUGUAAACUUCUGUUUUUAGAAGUGCUAUAAAAAUAAAGUUAUUAUUAUAUUAGUUAUUAUUAACUUAAUUUUCAUUAAAUUUUUAACCACAACAGUACAGUGUAUACAUCUCAAUACAAUACAUUUCUUUUCCUUUUUUUCAGCUGUAUGUGUAUUUUUACAAACAUCCACAGAUAGUGUAGGAUUAAAUCAAAGAGAAAAAUCAUGAUAGUCAUCAUAAAUAAACAAUGUCCACUCCAAAGUACAGAUUUAUAGGCACAGAUUCUAGUCAGAGGCAGGAUGACAGUGUUUUGAUAUGGAUAGGAAGUUCUUACACCAUUAACAUAAACUGCCAUUACAUCAACAAAGGAACCACAAGUUCCCAUCUUUCAAUAAAGGAGGUCCUUGGUGAAAAUGUGAUCUGCUCCGUUUGAUAAAUAGCCAGUACUUUUUGAAUCCAGAUAUUGUAUGAGGGAGGUUCUGGUUUCAACUAAAAAUCAUCAAUUUAUAUAAUAUUUUGUAUCAUUUAGAGUUCAUAUACAAUAAGUCUGUCCUUGGUAUUACAGUUUACCUCUAUGGACUGCUGAUGAUGUGUUUUGCUUUAGCUACAACAUGCGGCAUUUCCAGAUUAUUUGCCAUUAUAGUGCAGGCUGCCUUUGUAAUUAGUAGCAGCCUGUUAGUGACAUGGGAAAGCGCAGUCUGUCAGUGCUGGCAUAUAUGUGCGUUUCCUCAUCCAUCUGGGACUAAUGAAGUAUUACACUACACGAUUGAGCUGAUUUUUUUUACUCUAAAGCAUCAUAAAGUUGUAGUUUCCAAGCUUAAUACACAUAGAAGAAUCAUGCUACAAAGUCAUUUCAGUGGUGCUUUUAGAAAACGUAUUAUUAAAUCAAUCCAUUGUGUUUACAGCUGCUCAAAGCUUACGGAUAAAGACGGUAAAUUGAACAGAAUGAAGUGUAAAUGUCUUGAUUGAUUUUCUUGUAGGAGUCAGAUGAUCUCUGCUGAGGACUGUGAAUUCAUCAAAAAGUUUGAGGUGGCCAACUCUGAGGAGAAACAGGUCAUUCUAACCAAUGAAGGACAUCAGGUAUCACACCCUUUAUUUCAUUUUAGUAUUCAUGUGUAUUCAGUUGAAGCUUCUAUGCAUUUUAUAUUGCAGCAGUCAUUGUCAAGAUUUACACAAAUGAUUUCAGUUUUGGUAUGAAUCAUCUCAAAGCAAAUUAGACAGCCAAUGUCCUCCUAAAGGGAUUAGUACCAGUUGAAGUAAAUAUUGGUCUUGCAGCCAAAAACUACAUUAUUUUCUUGUGAUGCCUAAAUUUACAAUGCUCAUACUUCUGUGCAUGUGUACACUGAAUCAUUCUGCAUACCGCUGGACAAUUAACUUUGCAAGUACUGAGUUCAUCUUAAGCUCUGCUGUCAACAUUGUAGAGAAAUGAAAGUCUACCUGAAAUGACCGUAAACCACUUAUUUCAUUCCCAGCGCUAACGUGCCCAACCUCAUGCUGCCACUUCCUUUGCUUUGAAUGAUUUAUCAUUCCAGUAAAUCUCAGACACUUCACCUCGCACUUCGCUGAUCUGAGUCAGUCUAACUAUUUUUAGAGGUGUCAAAGAAAAGCAGCGGUGGUUUUUCCAAUUUGUCAAUAAGCACACAGACGCUGUUUCUUUUUGAGGUUGUUCAUGUUUCUAUUUUGUUUCUGCUCAGUGUGCAAAGACCUUUCUGAACCUGAUGGCUCAUAUCUCGAAGGAGCAGACAGUCCAGUACAUCUUGACUCUGAUUGAUGACACUCUGCAGGUACGGUAACGGCCCCACCAACUCUGAACAAAUCAGACAUGCACACAUUCCUAAAGAGACAAUUUGAAAAGAUGACAGAAAAGUCUGUUUUUAUUUGUUUGGCCUCAAACCACAAAACUCUGUUUUCUUCUACCUCUGUCCUUGGACCUGCAAUGAAAAUGAAAAACACAUCAAUUUUUUCCCAACAGAGCGAGAGUAUUGAUAGAGAUUUUGCCUCAAGAUUCUUGAGCGGUAUCAUGGUUUAAAAAGAAAAAAAAGACAAAAUUAUAAACUGUAUAAAGUCAAGUUUGGGUUCUCUGUUUUACUUGGACGGUAGGAGCGGAGAGUGUAGGUGAAGUUGUCAUUGCUCUGAAACAGAACAUCAAUCAAUUAAGAACAUUUAAUUUUAGGAUCUAAGCUGAGAUCAAAGAUAGUUUCUGUUAGUUUGUAGUAAAUUCUGUGAUUCAUAGGUGAUCCGAUGCAGCUGAAUUUAUACGUUCUACUGUAAUUAAAGCAUGUAAUCGUCUUAAAUUUGUUUGACAUUAAUUUGUGCAUGGGAAAAAAAUAACAUGUUCAUUUUUCUGUGGUUAUUUCCUGUCCGGCUCUAUCUGUAGAGUAUUUCUUGCAAUUAACCCUCAUGAAGUCCAACAGCUAUAGAGACAGAAGAAAAGUAGUAGACCAGACUUUGAGGAUACAAAACAUUUUUCUACCCAAACUACUUAGGCAAAGUUUUCCAUACAAUCACUAAACAUUGUUUACCCCUUCCUGAGGGAUGAUAUUAGUCACUUCAGCUGAGUGGAAAAUACGCUUCAUACGAGGUUCACAGUCCGAGAGCUCAUCUCAUAUCUUUAUUUUUACUCAGGAGAACCAUCAGCGGGUGAGCAUUUUCUUUGACUUCGCAAAAAAGACGAAGAAUACCGCCUGGUCCUAUUUCCUCCCAAUGCUGAAUCGUCAGGACCUGUUUACCGUCCACAUGGUGAGUAAAUACACACUGAUAGACUUGUGUGGAAAAAUGCAACUGUAGGGAUUAGCUGUGAGAUAUCAGACAUGGAGCAAUGCCACAACAUUUUAUUGGGAUAAGUUCCGUAUAUUUGGACAUUAAUUUUAGUUCCAUUCAGUUGAACAUAACGGUGACCAGUGCAAAGUAAUUUAAUCGUGGUUAUUAAUUUUUCACAGACUUAACCAUAAUCAUAGCAGGGCAUCAAUUAUUCCUCAUAAAGCAACCUUUCACACAUUCCUUAAAAAAACGGGUAAUUACUGUAAUGAUUAAUACCUGCCACCGCUUUUUGAGCGCUGUCAGGGGCGCUUGAUAUUCAAAAAAAAUCAAAAAAACAUCCAGAUGGCAUCCAGCAGGAGGGCAAAAUAUGACCCCAAGUCUGUGACAGUGCACUUUAACUCAGUCCAACUGUCACACUGACUCUUGAUUUUUAAUUAGGUCCUUGACAUUUCUACACAUCAUCUCCCGGAGAGAAGCAAAUUAGAGGGCACAAUUUGUGUCUGUCUUAUCUCGGGUCUCAGGUCACAGGAGGUUGUUCAAAACCUGGAGAGAUAGCUGCUGUGGUUGCAGGUAUUAUUAUUGUAGCUCAGACAGGAUUACAGGUGUUGUAUUCUGUUAGUUAUUUUGCAGAAAUUGCCAAACAAUGUUACGAAAAUGGACUUUUAGCUCAAAACAGACAUUAACUGUAUAAUUAUCCUACAUAUGCUCCAUAAGUCUAUAUAUAAGGGACAAAUGCUGUACUUUGUUGCUUCGGCACAGUCCGUCACAUAAACUGUCCUUGACUACAUGUUAACUUUCCACGAUAUGAAUAAAGAAAUCGUGUUUCUUCUUUAUUAGGCAGCGAGGAUCAUCGCUAAGUUGGCUGCCUGGGGCCGUGAUCUGAUGGAGGGAAGUGACUUGAACUACUACUUCAACUGGAUUAAAAGUCAGCUCAGCUCACAGGUGUGUGGAUAUGGAAUUAAAAGUAUCUUGUGGAACAUAAAAAACCACUCCCUCUGUAUCUGGAUUACAGAAAUGGUUGCACAGGCUGCUGGCGUUUCCUUCAUGACUGUAUUUCCAUGUUUAUUAGACACUAUAAUGUCGACAUGUGGCCUGUGGAAGAUUGUCUCAUUAUUUGGUGCUUUUUGAUGAUAAAUUAUGUCGUGUUUGCUUUAUCCAACUUUUAAACAGAUGUGGUGUUUAUUCUCAUUGAAACGUCUGAAAAUGAAAACUCAUCACGGUUGCGUUGGAAGAAAGGAGUGAAGAUACACAUCAAUCAGCCAUAACAUUGUGACCGCUGACAGGUGAAAUCACUGAUAUUGGUCUUUUCACAGUGGCACCUGUCAGUGGAUGAGAUAAGAUAUUUUGAGCAUCGAGAGUUUUUGUUUUCAGAAUUGGUUUGUUGGGAGCAAGAAAAAUCAGAACAAGAUUGUGGUGGCCAGAUGAUAUGUUUACAUCUCCAAAAUUGCAGCUCUUGCGGGGUGUUUACAUUUUUAUGGCCUACCAAAAGUGGUUUAAAAAAGGGGGAAAAAAACAGUAAAGUGGUGAUAAGGUCAUGGGCAGCCAACACUCUUGGAUGCAGCGAAGUAAAAUGUGAGUGGUCCAGGGCUUGACACUAACUUUUUUCACAAAGAGCACAUUUGCUCCUAAGUUGAAAAAGUAAGGAAUACACAAAGACCUUUAGGGGAACAAUGAAAAUGAAUCAAAUAAUGUUUGUCUUAUUGGUCGACAUAAGUUCUAUUAUUUGAAAUCAAUUUUAGGUCUUUCAGUCACAUGACAUGGAAGCUUUUAAAGGAAAACAGCCUUUUUUAAGAACAUCAACGGGUAAUUUAUUGAUGGUCCCUUAAUCAAAACCCGAUGUUGACAGCUAGGAUGCAGAGUAGCUUUAACCGCACUGCUGUUGCUAUUCCCGGUUAUGGAGAGUGAGAAGACACUGGUAGAUCGGCGGUGAAUGUCCGUUGGAUAUCCAACCUAAAACUAACUUCACCGCGGUAUUUACAGGAAAAAACAUAUGUUGCCUCAGCGGAUUUUUUUAUGCGCACAUGUGCCCCUAAAAACAUUUUACAAUUCGCACACAUCUAGUUCUAGUCCCCAAUUCAAGUGCAACGGUCGCACUGUCGAGCCCUGUGAUCUAAUCCAACACAGGAGCUACUGGAGCUCAAAUUCCUGAAACAGUUCACGCUAGUUUGACAGAGAAGUGUUUGGAGUGCUGUGUUAGGGUGUGUAGCAGUUGUAUGCUAUCAGGAUACUUAUGCAGACCCCUGUCCACAAGCUGAACUGAACUGAACAAUGAAAGGAUAAAAUAGUUUUGACUUCACUGCCAAAUUCCCCAAAUUGUAAUGAGGGGUUUGGUGCUAAAAUCUUGGUGUUGGAUACCACUGCAGUCUCCUCAGGUCAGGCCUGAAAAGAGAGGAGUCUCCCAAUAUUUUCCAGCUGGUCAUCAUGUUAUGGCUGAUGGGUGUACCAUAUUAAUACCAGAGGAGAGAUUGAAUUUUUUAUACUCAAGCAACAAACAAUCUGAAACCCACACUCAUUCACAAAAAGAGAGAAGGGUGUCAGAGUGAGGGGGCUUGCAUGUGGAUGAGGACCCUGAGCAGUUUGGGGUUCAUUGCCUUGCCCAAGAUCACCUCGGCAGCUCCUAAGAAGUAAGCCGGCUCCUCUGUGUCAAUAGACUCCAUUGCAUAAACCAGUAUAUAUAUUUUUUUCUUUGAUGGGUUAAUGUAUUCUUAGAGAUAAGAAGAACUUGCGCUUCCUCUUACUCAUGUUGAGAUCAUCUCUCUUUAGAUUUUAUUCAUGAUAUUCUAUGGUUUGGGCUCAGGGUGAAAGCUCGACUGAAUGAAUACUGUAUCUGUGUAAAGUGAGUUUGAACAGGCUCGUCAGACCUUGAGAUGUUCUGAUGAAAGCUGCGCUGAAGGUGCUGGCUUUGCCUUGGCAGAUGUAUAAAAACUGAAGAGUGGGCUGAUGAUAAAACAGUUGAAUACUGAGUCACUGUUUUUUUUCUGUUUCUGUGGAACAAACUGGAUUAUUUAGAAAUAUUCAGAGGUUAGUGCAGUUGCUGCCAGCCCUCCCAAAAGCCUGAUAUUAACAAUCUGCCCAUGAUUUAAAAUGUUAUCCUUUUGUUGUAUGUGUCUCUUAACAUGAACUGCUUUUCUUUCCUGAACAGCCAACCACCGGAUAUUUGGCGAGCUCGCUGGGUAUACGAUUACAUCCAGUGCCUCUGUAACUGUAAAGCUGCACAGAUUGUGAACAUUUUUUUGCACUUGUUUCUUUUGUUUAUCUCUCAUUAGAACCUACAUGGUACAGGUCCAGAAUCAAGCUCAGGAGCAGGAACUAUUUCCCCCAGUGAAGUGAGUAUGAGUGAAGUGCAUCCUCAGUCCUCUGGAGCUUCAAAAAGAAAAAGCAAAUGUCGGGAUUGUGGGAGCUGCGCCCUGUCAGCUGUCACUGGACCUUCACAUCUUUUCUUCCCCCUUUUUUAUCUCUCUCCCAUCCUGUUCUUGCACUCAGUAAUAAUUGCAGAUUUUCGAGGACCCGAGUUUUAGAGCAAUUUUAGAGGAACUCUCCAUUUAGUCAGCAUGGUGUUUGCUGCCACUGGUUGGUUUUAAUCGUACAAGUGGAAAUUGCAUGCAGUAAGGCACUUUUCCUUAAUGCUGAAGGCGCAUGACCAACACAGCUUUUCCUGUGCAUUAGGAUAACAAGAGAAAAUUGGAAUAAUACUUUCACAGCAGCAGCAUCCUACCAUUUAGAUCCCAUAUUUUCUCAAGCAUAGCGUGAUUAUUCUGAGAAGCGUGCUCAGAAUACUGUUUACAGAAGCGCUAUCUAAUAACCAAACAUGGUAUUUUCCUCUGCAUUUUCAACCAGGUAACCACUCCUCUGCUCCUCUGUCGUCACUGCUGCCUGCUCUCUAUGCUGGACUUCUCUGCUUCUCUUCAAUUCUCUCUCUCUUUUUAAUUAACAGAUUAAUGUGAUCUAUUUUCUCCUCUCAGCUUUUUCCACUCUAAUCUCAAUUUACAUGAUUCUGCUCAGGUCUGGGGGGACACUUUAACCCACUGUUGCACCGUUUUGUACUUUUGGGUCUGUGAUCUAGCAUGAAUUGAUGUACACUUAUAAACACUAUAGGCUGCAUGUGCAAUGCGUCAGGUUUUGAUCAGUGACAAUAAUGCAAGUUUUGGACUGGCCUUCUUCUGUGUGCUCUAUCUGCUUGUCAACUACUGUGUGUGUUUCAGAACCGCACUAAUCGUACUUGACCUUCUAACGCUUUGUUUUCCUGAGCAAAGGUUCGCCCUUCUGUUUGAGUAAAUGUUUACCUCUGUCCUUUGCAGAGCUCUCAGUAUGUCCAGUGUGUUGCCGGCUGCCUUCAGCUGAUGCUGAGGGUCAACGAGUAUAGGUUUGCCUGGGUGGAGGCUGAUGGAGUCAACUGGUAAGUCGCGCUUGUCCUUUGUUUUGAAUGCUAUUUAGAGGACAAAGAUGUCAUUCUUACUACACCGUCAAUAGCCACGUUUACGCGGGCAAAAUUUCUUGAUCUGAUUAAAAAUUUGAGGGAUCGGAUAAUCUGAAUCCAGUGUUUAUAUGGGUGCAAAAUCAAAUAAUUCGAAGCUUUAUUCAGAUUAGAAGCAUUUGGACAUGCACAGAGUUGUCCGAUUUAUCAAAAACAACCGCAGAAGAAAAGUUUUUCCACCUGUACUGUCAACAAACCAACAAAUGCAGUAGUGGAUCACUCCAUCCAAUUCAGGAGUUUUCCCCCUGUUCAAUGUUGUCACUAGAUGGCGCCCUUGCGCACUUAUUUUACUGUUCUGUCAAAAGUUGCUCUGUGCGUGCAGAUGUGACUUCAUUACGCUGUACGUACGCCUUGUUAUGUUAUCGGAGAAGCAGGCACUGCACCUGCGGCUGUGUUUUAUGCCAGAGCGUAAAGAGUGAAGAUCGAGUCAGGUAAGAGAGUCAUGAUCGGAAUAAGCAUUUACCGUAUUUUUCGCACUUUAAGGCGCACCUGAUUAUAAGGCGCACCAUCAAUGAACGCGUCUAUUCGAUUAGCCAAAAGGGUUUUAAGUGCGCCUUAAAGUGCGAAAAAUACGGUACAUGGACACGUUUCGUAAUAACGAUCGGCAUAAACCACCCCUCUUGAUCGGAAUACAAUUUCUUUCCAAUUAAGCCGAAUUGGAUCAGAAUCUUCCGAUCGACAUGUUUUAAAGGACACAUUUUUAUUCCGAUCAGGCAUUUAUUCCGAUUAUUUGUGCCCAUGUAAACGCAGCUAAUGUUUUUGUUCCAGUUGUGAUUUCUUUAGCAUCAAAUAGAGGUUUGCUUUGUAAACAAAUCCCAGUGAACUGCACCACUUUAAAAGUAAAAACAAAUGUACCUCUCAUGAUCAAGGGAGGAAAGACAGAGAGACACAGUGAGCAAAGUAGCACAUGAUUAUUUAUCAGCUGAGGGUGAGCUAUGACACUGAUUUUAAGAUAAAGUCGUUUAAAAACUGUCAAUCAGCUAAAAAAAAAAAAAAAGUGUCACAGAGACUUAUCUGUGAGGCCUAAAGAGACAAAUGCAAAAUCUUUACAGUCACAGCAAAUCUUAAAGCGAUGGCUACCAAGAGACUGACAGGAAUGUGUGUGGGUGUAUGUCAGUGAAAAAUGGAAUGAAAGCAUGCUCAUUACCAGAGCUGUCAGCCAUCCAAUGGACUGCAGGUGGUUUACAUCUUUGUGGUCUUAAAAUACAAAUAACACAAGUAUAUUUCAUUUGUACAUUUUAUUGCAUUUAAUUGCAUUUUAAUGUAGCAAUUUGAUUUAAAAGAUAUUAGUGAUGUGAUUCUAUCUGAAAGGAGGUUACAUUAAAAUUGUUGACUUAUUAGCAAAGAUUUGGUCUCCAAAGUGCUUUCUUGAAAUGAAUCUUGAAGAGCAAAGGUUAGAGAGAAGAGAAAGCAAAAAAGAAGUGUAUUUCAACUGCAUCCAUUCUCAUGGCCAGCAGGGGGCAACACUUCUGGUCUCAAAAAAAAGGAAAAAAUCCAGUCCUAUGUAAACAUUCGGGAUAAUGAACCCUUCCUCUCAUUCGAUUCAUGAUCUUAAUUAACAUUUCCCUGCUGAGUUUAUGGUCUCAACUGCUUGUGUGAAGUCUAUCUCAAAAUUGAUUAUAUGUCUCUUUUUUUUUUUUCUUUUGCGAAAAAUUAAUGCUGUCAUAAGUAAUAGAGGACAUGCUUUGCUGCAUGUUGGUCUGUGAUUAACAAACUGUUACCAUGGCAACCUGUCAACCAACUAAGCUAUUCAUAUCUCUACAUUUCGAACCAAAUAUGGCCACAAGUUGUUUCCAGGAAAUCAAUAUGACAUGAUGAAAAUGUGAAACAUGUGUUAUAAGGCCAACUCCACUUUACAUAUUUAUAUAUAAGUGCAAACUAUUGAUGCAGGAGCCUCAUUAAAGCAGGGAAAAUAUGACCCUCAUUUCCCUCAUUUGUACAGACCUCGAAGGUUAUGCUUUGCAUCUAUACCCAUUAAGUAUGGAUGAGUUAUGAACUAAGUACAUUUUUAAUGUCCACCCGAAGCAUUUUUGCAAAUUUGCAGCCAUUAACUUAAUAGGAUGUAUAGAAAAGUGCAGCAAAUUGCAAAAGCAACUCUCACAGGUGAACUAAACUUUUGUCAUUAUUCCACAUCAUUAGAAACCGUCCGUAGAGAUCUGCAAAGACUAACAAAAUUCUAAAAGGGCCAAACUGUCAGAGACAUCACAGGUAACAGGCCGUGUCUUAAAAGAGCCAAUUACUGAAGGAGUAAAAGUCCUCAUGGAUCUGUCAGUGCUGCUCGGAGGAAGGUCACUGUUGGAGGCAAAUUAACCUUACUUUGUCAGGGCUGCAGGGUGUCCACUAAGAGAACCGGAAACAACCUACAUUACACCUUUAGUUUGAUUCCGGCAAACUUUACCGGAAAGAUUUAUUUGGAAAAUUGUAUGAAAUUUUCAGACUAGCUUCAGUGUUCAAUUUGGCUCAGUAAUUAUUUUGCAUCCACUAGCUCAACACCCCUUCACUUACCAGCUAUUUCUGUAAAUGGCGGACAUGCUGCCUCGCCUGCUGUCAUUAGUCCUCUGUAUUUUUCCUGUUUUCUAAAGACCCACUGAUGGCGGCAGUGAAUGAAACGAUGAGAGAUAAUGGAAAAGCAGCAUGAAGGGAACCAUAUUUGUUAAAAGGUGGUAGACAGAGAUGUUUGUCUUUUUCCCAGCACCCCUCCUUUUUACAAUUUUAGACAUUCUCAUUAACAUUCUUUUUCUUUUUUUGUAGCAUCACCGCGGUGCUCAGCAACAAGUGCGGCUUUCAGCUCCAGUACCAGAUGAUCUUCUGUGUUUGGCUCCUGGCCUUCAGUCCUCAGCUCUGCGAGCAGUUGAGACGCUACAACGUGGUGCCUGCCCUGUCUGACAUCCUGCAGGAGUCUGUCAAGGAGAAGGUCACUCGAAUUAUUCUGGCUGCCUUCAGGGUACGUAGAGGAUUUCUCAAUCACUCUGUAUGUCUCCCAAAUGCCAAAAAUCUCCUAAAGUUGAAGGAAAAUGUUAAAACCAUACGGCUGAAAUUACUUUCCAUUAAUGCGGCUCUGUAUUUUAAAUGCCUUGUCUUGAUAGGGACAGGUUUAGGGGGCACAAAAUUUAUCUCUGAAUGAAGUAACAGGUGCUCACCUUUACUUUAACUGCUUCUCCCUAAAGCAUCAAUUGAAAGAAACGACCAAAAAAUACAGUUUAACAAGCAAUACAGGUUCUUUAAAAGUUUUCAAGUAAACAUCACGACAGCGCUUUUACACAGUUAUACUCCUUGGGUAUUUUUCACAGUCUUGUAUAGCACUAAAUCUUGCAUUCAAUUAGGCUUCAGACUUAUCACAACAACAUUAAACCAAAAGAGAAACCCUUAAACAUCAAAUGUGACAAUCAAUAAAACAACCCAUCCCAUAAAACGUCUGUGAUUUAUGGGUAAGCUGCCCUUUCAGCUCCCUGCUGAUAUUGCUCAAACCGUCCGUUGAAUAUUCAAUGUAGUCUUAAAGCUGCGUUCCAGCCUCGCUCCGCCGAGUUUGAGUUUAUGCCAGGUAAUGAAUUCCUCAUUCUGUGUCUCGACUAAAUUAAAUUAUUGGCAGAGGCGUUGUCAAUCUUCGUGUGCUUUGAUACUCGUUUAACUAAAGGAACAGAGAGAGUCUGACACACGGCUCCAGCAAACUUCUGAGAAAGUAUCAGAAAUGUAUCUGGAGAUUACCAGGUCCUCAAAGUGCUGAUUAAGUUUACUGAAGAGUUAAAGUUAUUGUUCGGUCCCUGGACUCAAAGGCCUUAAAGCGUGAAAAGCUAGAUUUUGAUUUGAUGAUUGAAACAUGAGCUCAAACAUCUCUGGAUUAAAUUUAACUCUGUUUCAAGCUGGACUUCUUUUUCACUUCCAUAUUAACCCCAGUCCAAAGGCUUCUCUUUUCUUUCAUCAAAUGAAAUAAACAAAACCAAGAAAAAGGUUUGACACCAGAUUUUCCAACAAAUAGUUUGUGUUAUGUUUGUCUCCAUUGACUGCGCCCGUUCCCAGAAGCUCAUUCAUCACAGCUUUAAUGAAAGCAAAGCUGUCGCAGAAAGAUUUGUGAAUGCGCUUAUAAAGAGAGAGGUGUUCGGUUUUUAAUUGGCAGGACAAGUUUGCCGCUCAGUUUUUACAUCACGGUUAAUUAAAAGCGAUGGCGGGCAGUGAAGGGAGACCCCGGUGCAGCUUGACAUUGUGAGUGGGUUUUCCCCAGAGCUAUUCGAAGUUACUCAGAGCGGGUGUGUUUGUCAUGUGUCACAAAAACAUUGCUCCACACCAGCGCAGAGAAAAUUGUUUUGAUGGCGCCCAGUGGCUUUGAACAGGGUGUCAAAUGUGGGAUAGCAAAACAAAACUGAUUUUCCUUUUCACCAAAUCCUUUUAUUUCCUCUUAGACAGAUUUUUGCAAUAAUCAUCAGUUUUGGUGGAUAGUUCCUUUACAUGAGUUUUGAUGAUAGGUUGAACAUGAUGGAACAAAAACAUAUCAGUGCAGUGAGAUGAUAUGACUGCAGACAGAAACAUUAUGGAUGCACUCAUUUCGCAAAAGUAUCCCACAUUAUGCUGCAUGAAGCUUAUUUCCUAAAUGUCCUCAUUAUGCAAAUGAUCCUGCUCACCACAUGGGACAUGAAGUGCGGCUUAAUUUAUCCCAGCGAUCUGUAAGUCCUUGAACACAUCCUCUUAGCCAACACAGCUGUGUUUCCGAAGAGUUUUCCUUCACUUUAUUCUGGUUGUUAAAACAAUUAUAUUUUCACAUGGAAGGUCCCCAGUCAGUUUGAAAAGCAAGCAAGCCCAGUACAUUUACUGUUACAUGGCACCGGUAAAUACCAACAUCACAGGUUUCUGCAAUUAAAGAUAUUCUAAGUUACUAUUUGCCAUGACUGUAAUGAGGCCUAAUGUCGGAAUCAGAGGUUGUUGAUGGCCCUUAAAAGUGUCCCUGUGCCGUUUUUCAAACUCAGUCCAAGCUGUUUUUUAUUUAUUUUUUUUUUUUGUUGAAAGUUUUGUUUCAUUCAUUUAUUCAAAUCACAACAAUUCAAUACAUAGUGUACACAAACAUUACCAAAUAUGAAUGAAAGGGAGCAGAAAGAAGAAUAAUGCUGCGUUCCAGUUGUACUCAGAAGUCGGGAUUUCCAAGCUCCGAGUCGGAAAUUCCAAACGCCCCCCUGAAGUCGGAUUUCCAACUCGGAAAGUCAGACGAUCCUCACCAACCCCAAUUUGACAACAACAUCAUAAGUGGGAUUUGUUUUACUGCUCAACGUCUAACUGUGAACAUGGUGCUUUGGUGUUUGUAAGUUAAAUACUGUGUUAUGCGUUGUUUACAACUGGUAUAGCUAACGACAGCUGACAAUUGUUAACAACAGCUAACAACGGCAUCCAUUUUGGUUUUCCCACUUGUUUACUGGAAUGUCGUCAACCCGGGUGUAGCGUCAUUCCCAGCUCCGACUUUCGAGGUAACCGGAACGCAGCGUAAUCUUCCAUAAUCUGCCACUUAACUCCAAGAAAUCAAAUACAAAGAUGUUAAAAAACAACAACACAAUAAACAGCAAAAUAAGAAUAAUAAAAUUGCUGACCGUCACAUUUCCUGCAAAAAACAGGAGUUAUAAUUUGCCGAGCAUCCAGUUCAUGAUUUUCUCAUCAGUAAACAAUUUAAUGUCAAUGAAAAAAGAUUAAAAAUACAAACAAAAAAUUUAAAUAUAAUACCAGUACCUAAUACUAACAUGUCUGCACCCACUUAACCCAUUUGUCAUCGAAAGCUGACUCUCACUAUCUCAAGAUCAAAAUGCAAAUUUUAAAAUAUAUUAGUAUAUUUCCACACAUUACCUGAAUCUUUAUCUUUAGCCAUCUCUGUCUCGAUUCAGUCGAAACUUCCACAACAAGAUGCUCAUUUAGAUUCAGACCGCUCAGUUUGUUCAAUCCUGGAGCAUUGUGUUCUUUUGUAGUACAGCUCUGCGUUCUCCCCCUCCACACCUCCCUCACAACACCUGAAACUGAAUCCUGAUUAGAAAGGGUUGUUUUUUUUUCUGCAGUACCUACCAAGCAAGAAAUUCAGUACUUGAACAAUGUACGGGUGAUUUGGGUGAAAUCUUCCACCGCAGUUUAUUUAGAUAAAUUACUGUGGAGAAGAGCUUAUUUAAAAAGUGAUUUUUACUUGAAUAAAACAACCAAUUAUCAACUAUGUCGCCUCUCUGGCUGGAUGAGUAGAUGGUAAUUCACAUUAUAGUUUAAAAAAUUGUGUCACAUUUCUUCUUAUCACUAUUUUUUUCCCCUUUGACAGAAUCUCCUGGAGAAGUCAGCCGAGAGGGAGACUCGUCAGGAGUACGCUCUGGCGAUGAUUCAGUGCAAGGUGCUGAAGCAACUGGAGAACCUGGAGCAGCAGAAGUAUGAUGACGAGGACAUCACAGAGGACAUUAAGUUCCUGCUGGAAAGGCUGGGAGAGAGUGUGCAAGAUCUCAGGUACUCAGAGAACUUCCCAUUAUUAAAUAGGAUGCGGUCGCUUAAAGCAAACCAUUUUUUUUAAAGUACUUCUGCUGUCAAGAGAGUAAAACUUGAUUAUACUUUCCUGGAAAAGAGCUACCGUGUGUUUCCAUCCUGUCCAUGAAUAGAGUUCUGUACGGAUGCUUUUAUUUUUCAAAGACAGGUUUCUUUUUAUACUGAAUGCCACAUCGAUUUUUAGUAUAGGUGACCUUUGAAGAUGCCCCCUCUUGCAUUCACUUGAAAGCAUCCUGUGGCUUUUUAAGCAUUGCUCUUUGCAGGAAAAGGCUCCUCUCCUUCCGUUGUAAAGAAAUGUGUAACAAUUACAAUCCUUGCGCCGUCCUCCUCGCUCGCUGGAAAGAACUCCUGUCCUGAGUGUUUUAUUUUUACUUCAACAGCUCAUUCGACGAGUACAGCUCUGAACUCAAGUCCGGCCGACUGGAAUGGAGUCCUGUGCACAAGUCUGAGAAGUUCUGGCGUGAAAACGCUGUCCGCCUGAAUGAGAAGAACUAUGAGCUCCUCAAGUAAGAUGACACACGAUCUGUUGUGGAAAAAGUUUGGUCACUCAGAGUUUAGUAACAGCGAUGGGUUAAUUUUACAAAUAUAAAACAUGCAGGUACAAGUUAGGUUUUAUUUCGAGUGACACAUCGGCACCGGAGGAAUAUAUUCUUGUAAUAAUUGGUCAUGUGUAUGCAUGCGGCAAUUGAGUGUGACAAUUGAAAUCAAAAUGGUAUUAAGGUUUAAUUAAAUUUCCAUGCUGCCUGAAGGUUCAUGUGAAUGAAAGCUCAGGAAAAUAAUUUAGUUUGGAAACUUGUUUGAAAAACGACCAAGUAAACCAGGAAAGCAUUUCUAGUUUGCAGAGAACACAGAACACAGUCUGAGCUCUUCUAUAUUUACCUUCAUUUAACACAUAAUUUAAUUACUGACUAUUGCAUAUGUCUUUAAAACCCCAUUAUAAACUAUACUUUACAAAUGACAGCACUGGUUGUCAGUAGAACAGAUUUUGCAGCCUGUUCAAACGGAGACAGAACAUCUUCAUUCAGUGUUUUCCCCACUAAACCUAACGAAGAUCAAUAGAGACGAGGUUGAAAAUUUAAGAUCCCUUCAACAGCUACUGAAAAGACUCACUCUUACCAGCGUCCUGUUUUAUGAUUGCACCUGUCAGCAUUGUUUUUCUCUCUGUUUAUGCACAUUCAAUAUAAGGAAUUAGAUCAGAGAAGAUAAAACAUCAAUUUGUCAUUCCUCUCUCUCUCUCUCUCUCUUUCUGUUGGGCCUAUUAUCAUUCAGGAGGAAUCCCGAUCUACCCAUCUCAUUGUCUCACCACUCUCCUCUCUCUGUGAAAAGCUCAGGCAUCAUUGCAGCUUAAAUCACCCUUUCUUUUUUAUUAGCCUCUUUCCCCUCAUCCUCGUCACAGAAUACUUUGUCUCAUGCCAUCGGAUUGAGAUCUUUAAACUUUCCCCUUUAAAGCAACAUCAACAAAAGACAUCCCAAGAGAUCUGACCAUUCCUUCAUCGAACCCUUGACUCUCCUUUCUUCCACAGAAUAUUGACGAGGCUGCUGGAGGUGUCUGACGAUCCUCAGGUCAUCGCAGUGGCGGCUCAUGACAUUGGAGAGUACGUGCGGCAUUACCCACGUGGCAAGCGGUAAGGCGUUUUCUGCAUACAACAGUUUAAGUCAAAGCUGUAAACUGGGGACCUUAGUAAGUUAUUCAAAUGGAUGCACAGUUGGGCUGCUUUGAAUAACAACACUUUAGUUUUUAUCCUGAGCAUGAAAAUCACUUUGUGAAUGUGAACACAGUCUUUCCAACAGAUGUACCCUUUAAUUUGACUUAUCACGCCCCAGCUCCAGGACUCUCCAUGGUGGCGGUCAUAGCUUUAAUAAGGGUCACAUGAGUAGAAGUUAUUUGCCUGAGGAAAACCCUGACAGCAAAAUAACAGGGGGAAAAAAAAAACACAACAGGAUCAUUACGAACUGUGGUGAAAAGAAGUUCAAAGAUCUGCGAGCCACUUUCAGACUGAAAUGAAGUCAAGAAAAGAUAUUCCAGCUCUUCACGCUGAGAUGAAAGGAAAGGUGGAGGAGUCAGCCAAGUCUCCAGAGAGUUUUAUUUUCCUGUGAUAGUUCACUAGGAAGAGGCAACCGCUUUUCAGCAUCAUCAAUCACCGGGGCUUAUACUCUGCAUUUGACCAAUUGGUGUUUUAUUCCAACACUCUCUGAUUGACUUUAUGCCAUACGAUUAAAAACUGCUGGUGCUAAUAUGGCGCCGAUAUUGACAUGCAGGAAAAAAGAAGCAAGAGGAGAGACUUCAGUUUAGUUGUUAGAGUUUUAAAGGGUUAGUUACAAGCCUCCACAGUGACGCUGCGUAACACCACAAUCCUGCAGUCUGCAGAGCAAGCAUUUAUAGAGUUUUAAAUGAUGUAUGGAGGAUCAGCUAAUGUUGUUUCUUUUAAUAACUUUGUGUCAGUGCAUAAGAGUCGGGCUUCAGCUCCCACACUGCAAAUGAAACAUUACACAAUCAUACAAGACGAUGAGUUCACGUGUUAAAUGUCAUGCUGACAAUAAUGUAAGCUAAUGUCUAAUCUCUUAGCGCUAAUGUGAAUGUGUUAGCAACUGUUUAUUUAUUCAUUUGCUGGUUCAUUAUUUCUCCAAAUCUCAGUCUCAUCCCUUGACUUGUUGAGUUACUUGUUAAUGGCGCUAUCUCUGAAGUUGUUUCCUGUAACGUUAUAGAGAUGAGGGAAACCGCUGUAAUAGACAUUAGACAUAAUAAUCAAGUGUAUUUACUUCACUAAUGUCCUCGUAAAUUCAAGAUACUUUAUUAGUGCUUUAUGAGUUUUCGCUUGUCACUUUACCCCGCCAGAUUUCUGAGCCUCCUUUUUACUCUUAAACCUUGGUUCCUACUCUGUCCGUUUUGAGGACAUUUGUCAUUUUUUUCAUCUUUACUUUAAGCUGACAGUCACAUUUUUAAAGAUUGGGGCAUCAAAUUUGGGGAGAGUUCUUAUUUUUCUUCUCAUUUAACAAAAAAUUUGUUGCUGCAUUUUAGCUCCAUCCACCCUCCUUUGUCCGCAAAACGGACAAUAGACUUCCAUUAAAAACACCUUUUUUGACCGUGUGCUUAUGGCACCAUAACAACAUAUUUCAACCUUUUUUUCACAGUCACUCGAUCACCAGGGCUCUAAAUUUUACUUUCGGACAGUGAUACAAUAGAUUGAGCUAGCGCAUAAUUUUAACCCCUUCGACGCCGCGCAUGCAAGUCCUCAUUCAUGGACUGAGCGCUGAUUCAUCCACCAAACAUCAUCAGAAUUGAAUGAAACUUUACGUGCCACUAGAUAAGGAUGCCUAAAAGUGGGCUACAUGUGUAAGGAAAAGUUUGUGUGCUCCUGCGUGUAUGCACUGGUGCAAAUCUGCAUCCACGUUUAUAACCGGGCGUGCUGUGAGCAGAGUUUUUACAUUUGAAAACGCGACAUCCAAGUCCUGCAGUGAGGGACAAAGAGAGGAGGACAAUUGGACAAUUGGGUGCAAGUGGAUUGACAUGCAUGAGGAUGCACAGGUCCUUUUGAUCAUUAGGUGAGAAUAUAUUGCAUCUCAAAUAUGCAGUUGAUUUUUAACUGCAACAUCAAAAAAUUAUUUUUUUAUAAAGUUUAUCUGCAUGUCCGUUUUGGGGACAAAGUAGGCUGGAUGGAUCUUAAAAUUAACUGGAACCAAAGGUUAAAAAAGGGUUUGACUGAGAUGGAGAAUGUUAUAUAUUCUUUUAUGUAUGGGUGAGCAAUAUAUCAGUUAUCCCAGAUCUGCUGUUUCAUGAUCUAAUAAUUGUGAUUAUGAUAUAAAAAUUAUAUUCUAUCAUACUGUGACUCGCCCAGGGACAACCACUCCUAAGUAAUGAUAUGGUUGCAACAUCAGAGUGCAGUCAACAAACCAGCUGCUACUGUUUGCUGCUUAUCAUGUCAACCUGCUCUUGAGUCUGUGAUCCGUGCCCCCGCUCCUUGUUGAACCCUCGCUGGAUUCAAGCUUGGCCACGAAGGAGAAGAAUAAACAAGAACCCACAAAAAAGACAUCAUGCAUUCAUUUCAGAGCUCUUGUGGAGCAACAGUUUUGAUAAAAUGUUUUUCUUCUGUGUCAUGAAUGGUCUGAAAAUUUUCAAAAACACUCUUCUGGUCUUGGCUUGCCCCCAUUUUUAAUACAAAUGUAGAAAAAGCGGACCUUGUCCUGUAAAAGCCUGUGGGCUCUUUUCAUCCCAAACAAUAACUCCACGUCAGAUCCCAUAAAAAACAAAAAACAAACCCAAAGUGGUGUGAAACUUUUGUUCUCCUUUGCCUCAUUGUUGUGAACAUCCAUUUGUUCCAUCCUGUGAAAAUUUCUGAUCAAUAAGCAACCAUGCCCCUCACAAUGUCUCAAAACUGGAUGUGUAAUCUACCUUUACAAAUCAUUUUGAGUGAUCAGCGGAUGUUGAUGCGCUCCAUUAGAGCAUUUUCACCAUUUAUAUUGAUAUCAUUAUCCGUAUCCACCAAAAUGAGUUUGAAAAAUCUGGAAAAAAAACGAUAUUUCUGCUCGUUUUGUCAGUUCAGGGUGGGAUUUAUUUUAAGUGUUGUCUCCCCUGGUUUACCUCAGUGAAUCUGUGACAGCAGCUUUACUCUCCCUAAAGUUGCUUUCCUUUGGCUACAUCAUGUACUGUACCAUCAGGUGCAUUAUGCGGGUCCAAUUUUGCCUGCACAGCACCACCACCUCUUACGGGGGCCGGCGAGCUUUCAUCAGAUAUUCAGAAAUUUUCAGUUCGGGCUGGAUGCAAUUACCUGCUGAGCCACUGAAUGACCUGAAUGUGGAAAUAAUACCCGUUUCCCGCAUGUUUACAGGCUAUUUUUCAUUCUUUCCCUCUUAUUCCCCCUAUUUCAGAGUGAUUGAGCAGCUGGGUGGAAAACAACUUGUGAUGAAUCAUAUGCACCACGAGGACCAGCUCGUUCGCUACAACGCCCUGCUGGCUGUGCAGAAGCUCAUGGUCCACAACUGGUAUGAUGCACUCAUGUUUUAUAUUCUGCCCCACUAACCAAAUCGGUCCAAUACAUCAAUUUAAAAAACAAUUUAUCACAAACUGGAAGCUCCAAUGAGAAAGGAGCUAAGGUUUUGUAUGCGCAUCCUUCACAUUUGCAUACAAAUUAUGAAAAGACCCUUCACGGGUACUUUCAUUUAUUUUUCUCUGAUUAGACGUCUUCUUACAUGAAAGGGGCCGAGCUGUGUUGGAUGCUAUGUCAAGUGAAAGGAUUCUGGGCUCUGAUAAGAAAGUCGAAAGUUGAAUUUUCUUCUAAAAGACAUAACUCAGACUUAAACUGCACUCUCCUCAAAUAACCCCUGCACCAAGUCGUAACAAAACCGCUCCUGUCAAAACGUACCAGCUUUCAUCCUUUUGUACCAAAAUCUAGAGAAAAGCAACUAUUUUAUCCGGGUUUUUUUUUUUUUUUUUUUCUUAUAGACAGACCCUGCAAGCUUUCUUCACUUUGACACAACCUGUUAUUGGCUGUCUGAUACAGCAGCUCAAACUGAUCCAGUCUUUUGUUUGUUUGUUUGUUUGUUGAAGUGAAUUUGAGUUUGCAGCUCAUUCAACCAAAACAUUUCAAAGUAAGGCUGAGCUUAGAUUCCCCCCGACACUUUACAUACGCAUUCAUUUGACAUUUACUUUUCACAUGCUGUUUAAUCCCACUGUUCUUUCUCCAAGUAUACAACUCUUCAUGUAGAUUUAUUUUGACUGCUUGGGUUUUAUUAUUCUUUUAACAAUACACCCAGCUGAGACAGGAUUUCAAGAGCGCCGUGAUUUGGACAAAGAAACCAGAAAGUAAAAGCUGAGACAUGAUUGAGUAUGAUAGACUGAAAAAUAGAACGUCUUGAUGGAGGGUUUUUAGGGCUCUGGAUACAAAAGCUGGUUUAGGUAACACUUUACUUGAUCGCCUAUCUCUAUAAUGCAUUAUAAAUACAUUAUAGCAAUGUAUAACUAUAGUUAUAAACACUCAUGAAUUAUCAUAAUGCUUUAUAGCAAUAAUCAUACAUUAUAAAGCAUUUUAUCACGGUAUUAUAAUGUGUUGUAACUGUUAAUAACUAACUGGCAAUGCCCACAUAGAUAAUGCAUUAUACGUAUAUUUAUGAUGUGUUAUAAUUUGCUUAUAAACUUGUAAAUAACUAUCAUUAUAAACACUCAUUAAUUAUCAUAAGGCUUUAUAACAAUAAGAAUAACACAUUAUAAUACCUGACCUUGUAAGUCAUAAUAAAAUGCUUUUUAAUGUGUUAUGAUUAUUGCUAUAAAGCAUUAUGAUCAUUUAUGAGUGUUUAUAACUAUAGUUACAUAGUGCUAUAACAUGAUUAUAACGUAUUAUACAUAUUUUUAUAAUGCGAUAUAGAGAUAGGCGUCAAGUAGAGUGUUAACCUGGUUUGCAAUGUCCAAAAAAAUAUAAUUCAAAAUUAAGAAUUAAAUAAAUGAGGGAUUUAUUUGUUACACAGUCCUUUAAGUUAAUGAAAGGAUUGUGUUAUAAGGAUUUACAGGUAUUAAUUAAAGUAAAUAGUAGGGCCCGACCAAUAUGGAUUUAAUUUAAUAUUAUUAGGGGGGGGAAUCCGAUUAAUCGGCCGAUUUUUAAAAAAUUUUUAUUGUUAUAAAAAAAUACAUAUAUACUGUAGAUAGACUGUAGGCUACUGCUCUUCACGCCGACAGGAAGACUGACUGAUCAAACUCGGACCAGGAAAGCAUUUUCAGCUUCCCCCCGCCCCUCGGUGCCUCUGCGUCUUAACUCACGUUACACAGUUCCGGUCCGGUCUCAUCUGGAGACAUGCAGCUGCCUCAGUAAGAGAAGUAGCUCGAUCAUGUAAUGUGUACUUUUGUUACCUCCACCAAGAAGGUUAUGUUUUCGGUAGCGUAGCGAUAAAUCGGUCAGGCCCUAGUAAUAGAGGAUAAUUCGAUCACUGCAUGUGUUGAUUGCAUCUUCUGAGAAAAAAAAUAGUGACGAAUCUGACUUUCCCACCAUCUUUUUGUGAUUUUAUUUCUACUUGCUGCUUCAAAACACACACAAAAAAAUGUAUUUUGUGUUGCUGCCAUCAUCUAAAACACAUUCUGCUCUACUGAAGAGUUAAUACAUUCACUGUAGCACAAAAGCCUUUCAGUGUGGCGCUGUUAAAAAAAAGAGAGGGGCUGAUGGUGACUAUCAUGAACUGGUCAGGAUCAGCCUCCUGUGAUAGUGGUCUUUUAAAUGUCAGGGAUGGCAUCCAACACCUGCUUUUAACAUGUUCCUAUUACACGGACAUGGAUGUUAUCAGAGCCUGCAGCUUUACUCAUAUCGCUCUCAGCAGGACCCCUCCAUCAUCGGAGGCUGAAGUCUGUGAUGUUAUGGAUCACUUAGUCCACAUCUUCUCUCCUGUUGGGAUUGGGAUCUCACUCCCAUCUCUCCUGGUGAAUCAUCUUUGACUCCAUCAGGAGAGCUAUAAAUCACAUUCGACUUCCUCAUCACCUAAAAGAGACGCUCCUUUUCCAGUCCUUUCAUCCCGGUCUGGGAAUUACUUCAUUUACUGCGUUUUUCUCCCUUGAGAUUGACGCGCUUUUCUUGGACGGAACAGUCUUUCAUCAUGUGCCAGUAAAACUGUCAAAGUUUUAGAUAUUCUUCUGAAAAACCACGACUCUAAAAUGAUACCAAUCUCCAUUAUUGUUAUCAUUUUUACCAAAGACUCUCAAAUAAAAAGAUCUGAUUUCAUUUUAGAAAAUUAAAUGGAAAAGAGAGGGAGAGGCAGCGGUAGAGCGACAUAAAGACCAAGUGAAUAGAACAAGCAUGAGCGAAAACAAAGCAGAGAAACAGUGAAAUGAGUCCUUAAAAAAGUCCAAACUACUGCUACACCACCUCGCAGAAAGGUUAGUUAAGAUGGAGCCACCACCAUGUUUCCUCCUGCCCACUGUGUUUGCCUCUGCUCUGCCCUUCACACCUGCAGCUCUCAUACAACACCAGAGCGAGUGUUAAAACGCUGACGUGUUUCAAGGUCCAUAUGGCGUCUUAUAAGGAUGCACAAGUUACAUGUAUUCCCCUCACGUACAGAGAGAGACACCAAUGGCCCCCCGCUGGUCCUCUUACAGUUUCAGGUGUUUCAGAGGCAUGCAGACUUUGUACAAGGGACUUUUUACCACAGCGCAAUAACUGAUGGUAGAAGAUGUCCAGAGUAGUAAGAGGAGAGCACGCUGUCUGCAAAUCAGGAAUACAUUCAUCAGGAAUAUACAGGACGAUAACCUAUGAUUCGCAUUUAAGCAACUAAAAACCUCUUGAAAAACUGUGUGUCACUUCUUUAUUACGAAAGAGGACUAGGACCACAAGAAGAGAAAAAAUGUACAGGAGGAAGAUCUUUUUAAUUUCUGUUUUGGGGUUAAAGUAGAAAAGUAGAAAGUCAAAAUAGAGAAAAUUAAGAUUUCGAGAUUAAAGUUCUCCAAGUUUGUCUGUUUUUUUUCUUCUGUAGAGUCGUAAUCUUCGGCUCAGUCUUUUCAGAGUCCGGAUACUUAUGACCGCACUGUGUUUGUGUGCUAAAAGAGCAACGAUUAUCUUGUUACUAAAUCCACUUCUUAAGUACGGCUUUACAAACUGUUCUACGAGGACAUGUUGUCGAGUGACGAGCGACAAUGUUGUUGAUUCAUUAUCAUUAAUCUCAACAUUACGAACAUCAUGAAAUUUCAUCUUUAUUUGUGUCGACUUUAAUCUUGUAAUUCCGACUCUAAUCUCGAAAUUUCGUACUUUGCCUAAAUUUUGAUGCUAAUACUCACUAAAUGAAAUGCCAGAUUCCACUUAUAUAAAAGUAUUUUCAUGCGUGUCAUGAAAAAAAGAAUUGACUCAAUCUUAUUUACUCCUUACACUCAAUCACAGACCACAGAUUAAACAGAUGAUUCGGUCUUUUCAAGCUUGUAUAUUACAUCCUUUAAAGCCUUCACCUGCUUGUUAUCGCUCGUGCGCGCUCAUGAUCACUCCAGUCUCUCCCUCGGCAUGUUUCGAUCUGUCACACACCGAGACACACACCUGCUCCUCUCCCUGCUCUCCUCUGUCCACCUGUGGCUGCCUGAUAGUUUGUAGUGCAGUUUCACAACAUGUUGAAGAUACAGCAGUAAUUCAUCACGCUCUGCUGUUAAGGAAGAGAGGUACGGUGUGCUUUAUUCAACCUAUAGGACGUUAUGGGGCAACACAUAACUGUUAUCUUAUUUAUCAUAUUCUGUGAUUUUGAGGGGACAAAAUAGUAAUUAAAACUAAUAUCCGAUUAAUCGCCCAGCUCUCUGCAAUGGUAAACAAAUAUCUGUAUCCCUUGAUUUUAACAGUGACACAGAUCUGCUCUUGCCUCAUGUAUCAACACAUUAGAUAUUAGACCUUAACCAUUAUUAAUUAUUACGAUCAGAUGUUCUUUUAUACAGACAGGUUUUUAUUUACCUUGCUGACAUGUUUCGACGUGCUGGCAGCAGUCUUCCUCAGAGCGCCACGUGAUGGUUGUGUGACGCGUCCUAAAACAGCUGAUGUUUCUGAAGGCGUGACCUUUCCAUCAUAUGACACCCUGAGGAAGACUGCUGCCAGCAUGUCGAAACAUGUCAGCAAGGUAAAUAAAAAACCUGUGUCCGUAUAAAAGAACAUCUGAUUGUAAUUUAUCAAAAAAGACACAAUGAACCUAAUCCAUUAUUAAUCAUUUUAAGAAUAACUUAAAAUAAGUUAGUAGGGGUGGAAAUCACAAGUGGCCCCACAAUACGAUAUUAUCACGAUACUUGAGCCAAGAUACGAUAUUGCGAUUUUUAACAUUUUGCAAUACAGUGAUUAUUGCAAUACCAUAUAUUGCAAUUUAUACAAUUUUUCAACUGUUUAGCUAAUUUAGUAUUUGUCUUUCCUUUAUGUUUGUCUUAUUUACACUGUAUUUCAUUUUCAUAUUGCACAUGUUAAAAUCCUAUAUAUUAGAUUUUUUUUUUUUUUUUAGAUUAGUUUAUUUAAAAGGGGGACAGCGCAAUUUCAUAAAACACAUGAUUACACAUGGUCAAAAAAAGCCAGAAUUAGCCAUAAGGCUAGUUUUCAUCUGUAGUCCCCUGGCCAUGAUGUGAAAAAGGCAGUAAAAUUACAAUUUAAAAAAGAAGAAAAGAAAAGAGAAAAAAAAAAUACAACGCAAUACAUGUACACUAUAAUACAAAAUAAAACACUCACUAUACAAUUAAGAAAAAAUACAUCACAACAUAAUUUAUCAUAAUAUCAAAACAUCACAACAGGCCUAUCUUUUAGCGAUAUUUGUUGUACUAACUUUCUCUUGCUCUAUGAUGUCGCAGUUGAUUUUAUUUUCUAUUAUCAUAGAUCUGACCUUAUAUUAUUAUUAUAUUUACUGUUGUUUGUUUUUUUAACGUUGUUUGUUUUUAUCUUUUUGUAAAGCACCUUGUGUUGCAGCUUAAAUGCAUGAAAGGUGCUACAUAAAUAAAGUUUGAUUUGAUUUGAUUUAUUAGCAAUUAAUUUGAAAAGUCAAUACUUGGUUAAUAAGACGAUACGAUAUAUCACCAGACAAAAUAUCGCGAUACAAUGCUGUAUUGAUUUUUUCUCCCGCCCCUAUAAGUUAGGAGGGUAGGGUUCAAUAAAAGAAGACAUUUUUGGAGGAUGAAAUGCCUCAGUAUCAAAGAUAGUUAAGUUAAAAAGUCCCUGUGAUAAAAUUGUUGGUUUUGUAGGUUUGGGGUGGUGGCAUGAAUUUCAGUUUAUUUCAUAUAACCAGGUAAAAUCUCAUCAAACAUCAAACUUUACCUAAAGGAGAGGUACGAACAAAACUUGCCAACAGACCGUAACCUGAACAGAACCCUUGCGUUAUUAACACACGUCUUCAUAAAGGGGCAUGAUGUUGGCGUGUUGCUUAUGAAAGAGCAUAUUGUUUUUCACAGCUUGUUUCUUAGCAGCCUUUUCCAUUUAUAACUUCUCGAGACAUUGAUCUUUUCUUACGUCUUCAACAUUGACUCUAUGAGUUUUGAUUCGCCCACGCAUGUAACCAACUGAGCUUCAGGUGAUGAUGUGCUGUACUCUGUUUACAACAAAAGAUUAGAAAGAGACAAUAGUGUAAAUACAGGAGCGGUUGGAGCUGACAGUUUGUUGAUUUUGAUUGGACGAGGAGGACCAGGCGGGGUCACGGUUGUUUAACUGCUCUCGGAUGAAUGAGUACCGCCGCUGCAGAAUAAAAACACACUUUCGUUAUUGCUUAUCGAUUGAACCUCUUGGACGAUUCAUUCAAUUUGUACUGAGGAUCAUAUCGAGGAUCUUCUCAAAGAAAACCACCGAGUCCCCAUUGAGUUGCUUGCGUCACCAUCGUUCCUCGCUUGCUUGUGAAGGAUCUCUCGUCCCUAACUACUAAAAGCCCUCGUUACCGUGACAACAGCCCAGAUGAACAUGUAGAAAUGUUACUUAUCGUGCCCUUUGGUCUACUUUGAAAAGCCUUUUUUCACGACAGGUUUGUAGAACUUGAAUAACUUGCGAAAGAUCAUCGUUCAUGCCUUUCAGCUUCAUAUAGUAGAUCGUUUUUGGCUGUGUAAGUCCUGGAGCUGCUGAGAGUCGCUCUGUCCUUGCGCCGUUUGGCCCCUGAGAGACAGUCCUUUCAGCUAAGGCCUGGAGUUUAAUGAUAUAUCAUUAGAUCGCAGUUCAAACACAAGCCUGGCUAUUUGGCUCAGCAGAAUACCCAAACGUCGAUUAAACAUCAUCACAUACAACUUUGAAAUCGCUGGAGGGGGGGAGCGGAAGAAUGGAUAUCGACCUUGCUGAGAGUCUCAUGAAACAAAAUGUCUCUGAAACUCGUGUUAUCCUCAGUGGUCUUCAUUUUACCGCUGUUAUCACUGAUUAGAGGGUCCGUUUUGUCUUUUUCCAGAGCCCAUCUAUCCUCUUUGUAUUUUGAUUGUAACACCAGAGUGAAGAACUUUCAGAAGAGACUGAAAGAUGUUCAACUUGUGAGGUUAAGAGAACAAAAGUAGAACUUGAGUAUCAGUGUAAGAGACAUUGUUACGGCAAUAAUCCUAAAAUCUGGAGCAGAAAUGACUCCUGCUACCACCUGUUUUUUCUAUUUUCUCGUUUUUUUUAAAACUUCUGCUCUUAGCUUGCUGUGUUGUUGUAAUUGGUUUUAUCAGCAGCUGCAGGUGUGAGCAGGAAACAUCCUUACUGCAGAGUUUUGAUUUCAUCCUCCCAAUUAUCACCAGCUGCCUUUUGCAAGAAUCAAGCAACACUUAGUAUUAACAUAUAGUUUCUGUUUGAGGUCCAGCCAAAUGUUAUCAAACAAUAUGAAUCUAACAAAGAACUGUAAAAAGUGAAAUUAUUUCUGUAUGUUUUCUUUCAUUUCUUGCUGUUUUAAAUCUUCUGCUCUUAGCUUGCUGUUGUAAUUAGUUUUAUCAGCAGCUGCAGGUGUGAGCAGAAAACAUCCUUACUGCAGAAUUUUGAUUUCAUCCUCCCAAUUAUCACCAGCUGCCUUUUACAAGAAUCAAGCAACACUUAGUAUUAACAUAUAGUUUCUGUUUGAGGUCCAGCCAAAUGUUAUCCCCAACAAUCCCCCAAAAAGAUGUAUUUUAAUCCCCUUAAAAAUCUUCAUUUCUUCAUUAAACUGUGAAUAAGUUGUGGUGGUUAUCUAAGGAUACAGGGUAUGAGAAAACUAAGUGCAAAAUUCCAUUUCUGAAUAUUUCUGCAUUCAAAUCGCUGUGAACCUCUGGCGGACCCGAACACCAGGCUCAGACACAGUGAGAUUUACUGCGUUAGCGCUCUACAUGUUCAUAUGGCAUUUUUUCUACAAGAGAGGGUUAGGGCCACAAGAAGAGAAAAAAAAUUAAUUACACAAGCAAUUUUGGGCUGCAAGCUAACGCGAAGAGAAGUGUGCAGAGCAGCGCUGUCUCCGCCUACGACUCAGAGGCGAAUUGCUAAUGAGCUACUGGAGCUCUGCAGAAGAAAAGACCUUGAAAAUGACACAGGUAACAUGAUUUUGGCUAAAAACUUCAUAAUCACAAUUUAAAGACCACUGAGAACACUUGAUCGAGGGUCGGGGUGGGACUUUAAAGGAAGCGCAGGUUUUCCCAUAUGGGUUGAGUUUAAGAAUACUUAAUUGGAAGCUUGAAAUCUUCAGGUAUGGAUGCAGACUCAAGGCUCUUAAAUCAUUGUGUAUUUCAGCUGGAUCUGUCUAUAAUACUUGACUCUUCAUCGAGAUAACCAACGAUGAGAUACGGAGAGCUAAAGUGCGGGCAUGGAGGCUCUGUGUGAAGAUGAUUAAUGGUUGGGAUUUGAAGAGGAAGAGACCUGAGAUAAAAAUAGAAACACACACAAAAAUAAUAAUAAUUUCAUCCCUGUGAGUCAGAAAAGGUUGUUUUGCAGCCUCCAGUGACCCCUGCAUUAACUCACUGCUGUGAAUCAUAAUAAGUGCAAACAUAGUAUUAUAAUUACACCUCACAAAGAGAUCCUCCUCGGUUUGUUUCCAUGCAGAAAGAUCCACACAGGUUUUAUGUAUUAGCACUCACCGGUGUGGAGUUUUGAUUUCUAAAGAGGGUCGUUUUUUUUAUCAUGGUAGCCUUUUACAUUUAAAGGUUUGAGAGAGGAGUUAGAUUUUUUUUAAGAUAAGUGUCAUAGUAACUCAUGUGUAAAUGUUACCACCAAAAAAAAAAAAACCUGAAGGUCUAUGUGACCUUUCAAAAUAAUGACGAUAUAUCUCAACUCCCCUGGACGAACAUCAUGUCUGGGACAGGAUUACCUGGCGAAGAUGAGAGACCGAAAGAAAUGAAGUCAGAUAAAAUAACAAGUGCUCGGUAAUAUUAAGAGAUAAUUAAGUUCACCUCAGUUUCACCGGACUGAAAUGAAAAUUCAGUUUAUUAAAGGAAUAAAUCUUCACUUUUGUGAAGCUACAACACAGGAUUCAUGUCACUCUUCUGUCUGUCUCUUGAAGAUAACGAAGAUGGUUAUCCUCGCAUUAAUACGGGAAAUUAUAAAACCGAAAAGUUUGACCCUCAGUAACUUCUUGUGAAGGAAACCACAAACCCAGCACCACCAAAAUUGACCCCUCUUGUUAUUUUUGAGCUUCUUUGUGCGUGUCCAGGUCUGAUUUCUUGUGCUUUGUUUCACAGGGAGUACUUGGGGAGACAGCUCCAGUCCACCGACCAGCAGCAGGCUCCAGCUGUGGCGGCUCGAAGCUGAACUGUUACCGUGCACGCGUGGAUGAGUGUGUAUUGUCCGAAUAGUGGUCUUCAUUCUCUGUAAUGACUCGAAACUCAGAAACGCUGUAGUUUCCCUCCUCCACCUUCUCCCCGGAUGAUCCUCGAUGUGUUUUGAUUUGACCGUCGUGAUUCGUGUCGUGCCCUCGGCUCAGUGAUGUGUGGUGAUUGAAGUCGCACUUUAUGUCUGUGAUAAUGUACAAAACUGCAAGUUAUUUAAGUCUUAACUGUAAAACAUUGUGUGUAACCCAAUAAAGAUGCUUGUCUACGGUGCUCCUGUGUGGCCUCAACGUUAUUGGGGUUACAAACACAGAAAACCAGAUAA